AUGUCUGCGCCACCGUCCACUCGCGGACAACGCGGUGGCACCUCGACCAGAGGUGGACGAGGGACUCCGUCGCAAUCGACUCGAGGGCGCGGUAGCACACGUGGAUCUGUCAAUACGAGAGGUCGAGGUAGCGGCGCAGGCGCAAACGUGGGUGCUUCAAAUACUAAUGGUGAAGGGCUACUGCAGCGACUACGCGCGGGAACUGUCAAAAGAGGUGACGACAAUGGGUCUUCAGUGCGUGGAAGAGGACGCGGUGGUGGUAUUGGGAACACAACACCCUCUGUGAACGGUUCUCGAGGACGUGGUCGCGGAUCCACACACUUGUCGCAGACAUUCAGCACGCCCAAAUCCCAAGCGUCAAAGCCUGGCUCUCGAGCAGCGUCUCCGGCACCUACCUCACACCGGGACUUUAUGAAUAUGGCAUAUAACAAAUUCCAAACGCUCAAGCAAAGCCGGGAAGAGGAAAGGGCCAAGGCGAUUCGCGAUGGGUUCCUGGCCGAUCCGGAGAAGAAAACCAGCUUGGACAAAGCCAUCACCCCGGUCGGAACCUGCACGGAGAUGUGUCCAGAAUUCGAAAGAGUGGAACGUAUAGUCCAGAACAUGGUUGACAAGGCAGAGAAGGUGCGCAACGAAGAAACCGGCAAAGACAUGCCCGCAGAAGAUCGCAUGGUCAAGCGAUUUCGUCGGUCUGCUGCUGGCUAUGACGAGCAGUUGCCUUCCGAUAUCCGAACCCCCGAGACUCUGAAACGAACGCUGGAUUAUCUUAUCGACAAAGUCGUUGGUGGCGGUGAACGACUGGCUACAGUCCACAAGUUUGUCUGGGAUCGAACGCGAGGGAUCCGCAAUGACUUCUCAAUCCAACAAGUCACCAACGUCCAGGAUGUUCAGCUGGCUGUCGACUGUUUCGAGCGAAUCGCAAGAUUCCAUAUCUUGUCAUUGCACCAACUGUCAAACCCGGACAAUCUGCUGGAGGGAGAGAACUUUGACAGCUACCAAGAGAGAGAACAGCUAAACAACACCCUCCUAUCGCUGGUCUACUAUUACGAUGAUCAUCGAGGGCGGAUUGACUUCCCUAACGAAGGGGAGUUCCGCUCUUAUCUCGUCAUCUUUGAGAUUCAAGCCCCUGAAAGACCGGACUUGGAAGAUCGCAUGCAAUCAUGGCCCAGGAGUCUUCUCGGGGACAAGAGAGUUCGGACGGCACUUCAGCUGUACCGGGCGGCAGGCAACUCCUUACUCAACCAAGGGCCUCUUCAGCCGUGGGAGCCUUUCGCCGUUGCUCAGGGGAAAACGGGAGGCUUUUGGAACCUCUUGGCCUCGGAUGCGGUGCCAUACAUCAUGGCUUGCCUCGCUGAGAUAUAUUUUGCCGAAGUCCGCUUCGUCGCCCUCGAUGCAUUGUGGCGCUCGUGCAAGAAAGGCCCUCAGGCCCAACAAGCAAAGUCUAGAGAUUGGACGCUGGGUGAAGUGACAAACUUCCUGGGGUUUGACUCGAACGAAGAAACCGGGGACUUCUGCGCCGCUUUCGAUCUCUUCUUCGGUAUGGACGAUAGCGGCGAGGGUUAUCUGGAUGCCACAGCAAAUAGUGCUCAAUCGCUUGAUUCGUCCUCGAUACCACGACGCCAGAUAUUUUCCCACCGGUACGUGGAAAGGAAGCGGUACCAUCGCACCCUGACCGCCGUCAUCAACGGUGCAACCGUCGCAGAAGCAAUCCGUCAGGGCUGGGUUGAGUCUCAAGAUGAGGACGCACGCCCCAUGGAUGAUACCAGGGAAGAUGACCAGAGCUUGUUCGUUCCGGAGACGAAAGCAAGCUCCUCUGCAGCUUCCUCUCCUUGGGGCCCUUCACUCAAUGCACAAGCUGCUCCCUUUACACCAUCGUUCGUUCAAUCCACCCCCUCGUCGAGCUCGACGAUGCCAGCAACGGGUACUGGAUUUGGCACUUCUAGCUCAUUCAACGCUGCUGCUUCUGUCAAGUCGACAGACGAGUCUCCGUUUGGAAAGCCAUUGAAAACUGGUGGCUUUGGAACUUUUGACCCAUCCAAAUUGACCGAUUCGACGGGCAACUUUGCCAAGUCAACUCUUUCUCAACAACCGCAGACAUCGACUGGCGGCUUUGCUGGAUUCACGCCGUCAACAGCAUCAUCUACUCUACAGAAAGAAAACAAGUCCUUGGGCCUGGGCGGAUUCACUGCCAAAGCUCAGGAAGCACCUACUACCACUGCUGCAGAUAAAAGGCCUGCUCAGCCUGCGUUUGUCUUCGGCACAAAUUCUUUCUCUCCUUCGACCCCUGCAACCUCAUCAGAAACUCGCAUCUUUGGCCAGCCACCGGUGCCACAAUCGACAAUUUCUGUCGCCUCACCAGCAAAGCAAGGGCACGCCUCAACAACUGUUCCAUCGUCCACGCCUUUUCCACUCACCUCCCCCACAGCGUCAUUUUCGACGUAUACAACGUUUGGGCAGACUUUGGGAGGCACAACUGCCCCAUUAUUUCUUGGAUCAGCCGAAAGACCUACAACCUUACCAGAGGCCGUGCAAGUGACAUCAGAGUCGGAGAGGCGCUCACCCUCAACCACAACUCCCGCAGUCUCGUCCUCAGAAGCGAUCCCAAGUUUCUUUUCGAAGCCAAGUGUCACUGGCUCUUUAGAGACACAACCAUCAUCAAUUCUUGAAUCCGUUUCGAAGCCUUCAUUGGAGAAGUUCAAUUUCUCUACGACGGCAAGUUCAACUACGACCUUGGGGAAUCAGCAGCACCCAAGCCAACAACUUGACAAAACAACAAUCGCUCCGAGCCCAUCAUUCACCGAGGCUUCUACCCGCAGCACCACUCCUCCACAUUCUCCCCGUCAACCUCCUCCCAAGCCGGUCUUCACCCACGCAGAUCGGAACAAGCUUGCAGAGAAUGUGUCCAGGAUUGCAUUGACACAGCAGAGGGGAUUGCUUAACAGCUAUAUUGAUUUCACACUGCGUGAUCUUGUGACGACAGCCUUCAAUCAAUAUCGACUAGAAGCGCGCGAUGCAGCUAUUACUUCUGUUCGUGAACGUAUCCUAGCGCGCAAAUUUGGCUAUCUCUGGCGGACCCGCGCUUGGACCGGUGCGCUGAAUCGACGAGCGAAAACUCGACGCCAGCUAUUCGCGGAGACCAUCAGAGCCGAACAAGCACGAAAACAAAGAACAAAGGAAGAACUCGAGGAGAUACUGAGGGCAACAAUGGAGACAAAACGUCUUCAAAGAGAGGUUCAACAGGCUGUCAUAGCAGGAGAUCCCCCGACCGCCACGCAAAACAAAGUAGAAGUCUGCAGCGUCGCUGGACGAAAGCGCAAAAGCUUCUCGGGUGCGAAUUCGGCAGCGAACAGUACACCCUCGAUUUCUGGGCAUAAGAGGUCGAAAACGAUGAGUGUCUCUUCUGACCCCUCAGGCUCUACCAUGAGCCAGAGACCGCCCAUCCCUAGUUUCAGGGCGUCUAUCUCGAGGCCACCUCAAUACGUCUCCAUCUUCUCGCGCACAUCUACGCUCGGUCAAUCGGCAUCUGCACAGAAACUCGAUACUACACGCACCGACUAUUUCAGGCUUAAAGCUAUGGGUGUCGAUCCCGAGACGCCGAUUAUCCCCGACACUCAGCGAACGCUAGCGGUCCGACGACAAAAAGAGGCAGAAGAGAGACAAGCAAGUCUAAGAAGAGCAAACCGACGCCUCAGAACGUCGCUCUCCUCUGAUCAAAGCUCUCCCGCACCAACACUGCCACCCGUUGUGGCUGCCUCCCGGACGCCGGAUGCAAAACCAAUACCGCAGCAAAUAUCUACCGCCCCUCCAGUCGAAGACGAUUUCCUUAAGCAGAUCAGAGAAGCUCGUGAAGCAAUGGUAGAACAGAUCGAAUGGUUCAAACAGCAAUCUGUCUCGAUAGAGAAGGAGAUCGAGCAAGACGAAGAAUACCGAAGAAGCCAGAGCAGUCGUGAUCACGGUAGCCCCAGUUCAGCAACUGGCUUGGUACGAGUCAACGGUUAUGAGUACCUUCCGGGAGCGAACAAACCAGGAUCCAGUCUGUCGCGUACCGAGAGGCGUAUUCGAGAAACUGGCGCCCAUGGAUUGGCGACGAAACCUCUCCGAACGAGCUCGCAGUAUGUGCCGGUUGCAAUGUCCAAAAAAAGUGCACAGAUUUACUCCCGAGGGUCCAACGUUUCGAGUCCAGGGAAAAAACGGGCGCACGACGAUGUGGAUCUGGUUUCUGAGAAGGCUGCAAACCGGUAUCUGGGGACUCUGCCUGCUUCUAAACGCCCUCGGGGCGCACCGUAUCAGACUGCAGUCCGGAUCGUUCAGCAUUCAAGGCCGAACCAUAUCACCAGAACUCAUGGCAGCAAUUCAUUCGACCUGCUCCAGUCACCCCGUUCGGAUGAAGAUGUAGAAGAAGCAGAUGACGACACCGACGGAGGCGGGCAUCAUGAGCACGAGCUGUAUUAUGAAGAGGAAGAAGAGGGAUAUUCUGGACACGAUGCCUCCCAGUAUGCACGCAACGGCAUUUACGCAGCCGACGAAGAUGAAGAGGAGUUGGAGGAGGACGAUGAGGAUGAAGAUGAAGAUGAAGAUGAAGAAAAAGAAAAUGGAUACUACCCUAUGGAAGGAAAUGGAGAGGCCGAGGAAGAAGAUACGGAGGAGGAUAACGACGACGACCUCGAGGCGGACGAUGAAGAAGAGGAAGAUGAUGAUGAUGAUGACAGGCAAUACAGUUAUCCAGCGUACCUUCAGGAGCGACAGGACGAAUUUGACGACGCCGAAACACCCCUGACGAAUCCCCAGCUCAGCCGUGCCGCCAGCAGCGCUCCAGGUGCUAGUGUGGACGACGCACUGGUCCUGAGCGACAGCGACUGA